AUGUAUAUCUACGACCUCGAUGAUCCACUGGCAAGGGAAGCCCUCGCCGACCUAGACAACGUGUCUACUGCGGCAUGUGUGCGCAUUCUCCACCUCCGGCCCUACGUCGACAGCACAGAGCACCGUCAAAAGCAGAAGAAGCAGCAGCAACGAUCUUGGACGGAUUUUCGGUCUCGAUUGCGGGCAAGUCAUGAUCGAACAUCAGGGAGGAAAAGCAGCAGCAAACGGCGGACCAAUGCAUUACUGGGCAAUCUCCGCAACCUCAAGAACCUGGAAUACUUUGACCUGCAUUGUCAUCUCGACGACGAUGUGGACGCCUUCCGACGUACUAUCCCUCCAAUCCGGGCUUCAUGGGCCAGCUAUAUAGGCUCACUGCGUCGAAUGACGUUGAAGAUUCCGCUUGAAUGCUACAACGCCCUUCUCUCUUCAUCCACUCUAUUUCCCCGACUCACCGAGCUAUCACUCCACAUCUUCGCUUCAGAUUACUCCACCAACCCUGUCGACCCCAUGUGUACAGAUCUCGCUCCCUUCAUCAAUCGUCAUGUCCACUCCCUGGAGUCGCUGACAGUGAUUACACCCGAGACCGGCACCGCAGACCUCUCACCUAUGUUCUUCAACCUCCGCUUCUUCCCCCGCCUCACCAAACUCCACCUCAUAUUCUGCGCACUCAGCCUAGAGUACAUCAAUCUCACCGGGAUCCACGAAUUCUUCUCGGCGCAUUGUAACCAACUACAAGACCUCCUCCUGCAUUUCAAUAGGAUGGUCGGUUUGAAACCACAGACCUUCCUCUCGGAGACGUUCUUCCAGCUCCCCGUCUUCCGGGUACCACUGCCCGUUCUCGAAUCACUGGAUGUGGGGUUUACAGGCUUCCGUGAUUCGUCGGGACAAGGGACGAUCACAUACGUGCAUCAGUUCCGGGGUAAUUUGAAGAGGGUGUUGUUGAACCAUACGCAGUUGUCUAUUGGGAAUGUUACGAGGUUGACGGACGGGUUCUGGAACCUGCGGUACCUCGAGAUAUUCGUGUACCACCUCAAUCCCGCCCUACUUGACCUACUAUCCUCCAGACUGACACAACUGGUGGACCUCCGUGUAACGUGUAUAUGCUUCUCGGGCUCGCAAGGGCCGUUCCUUUGCGCAGACGACCCGGCUCGUGCGCACAAAUGGUGCGCCGAAAUGUCCCAACGACUCUAUUCAGGCUGGUCCCUCCGGCACAUCCGUCUCGACAUCCUCUCGGACACCGCCAAGAAUCUGGCACUAUGUAAACGGGCAUUGGCCAGCGCUUUGCCUGAUGUCGAGACAAUUGAUGGCGUUGGGAGAAGCGAGGUGCUGGGACUACAUGCAGAGGGCGGUAUGGCGUUGUCGCAUCAUGUGAAUCGGUGGAUCUUUUCGAUUUAUGAGGCUGAACAAGAGUAA